UCAGGAUGGCCUGACGCCCUCGGCACCAGCGUGAGUCUGGGGCCGGUAUUGAUUUGUCUUCGAAAGACGUGCGCCUCCAACGGCCUCGAGCGGCCCCGUCAAGUCCGAGGGCAGGCCAGUCGGCGCAAGACGGCCGGUUUCAGCGAGCAUCAUGAACCUCGAGAUUGGGCUUCAGUUUCGAGCGAUCCUGGCCCCUCAACUGCCCAGCACGGCAUGGUUGAAGAGACUGAGCUGCAUACAGUCAAGCACGCUGAUGAGUGCGGCUCUCCUGGACACUUUCUCUCUCAUCUUCUUGCUGACGAGCAUGGGCUCGGAUCACCUAGUGCAUUUGACGUCAAAGUGCUAGCACUCGUUCCGCCACCAGAGAUCUCCAUUCACCAGGGCCUGUGGAACUAUCGCUAUGAUUUGGCGGAAAAUGACGAGCACUACUCGGACAAGUGGAAUGCGGUCGAGUUCUGGCGAGUCUGUCGGACUCGGCCCUAUCGAGGCAGAGCCUUCAACAUUUGGACUCAACUGCUUCUCGCCGCCAUGGUGACGUCUAUUUUGCUGAAUAUUUGCUCAUUCCUCUUCUCAAGACGGCUCUAUCUGCUGCUGGGCCUGUUGACCGGCUACGGACUGCUGUUUGCUGUGAUCACCAGCUGUCUGACCGCGUGGGAGUACACCACUUGCCUGCAGGAAUUGCAAUCAGACCGGGCGACCGGUGAGCCACGCUACUUCCUUUCGCGUUCCUACGUAACCAAAUUGAGUUUAACUGGUGUCAGUUUCAUGUCCAUCCUGCUUGCCUUCGCCUGCCAGCUCUUUCGCAAUCUGGCAGCCCUCUUUGUCCUCCUCUUCCAUACAGCCAACUUGUGA